GCCCCACGCUCUCGCGUAAACACGCGGUUUCCUUGGCAACACCUGGAACGCACGUCAAAAGCUCCGCGGGUCGCGGCCUACGGUCAACCCUUCGGCCAAGUGCAACUCCAAGCAGAGGCCCCUGACCCCGGCCCCGAGCCACCUCGGGCUUGCGGGCGCCUCCCCCGGUGCGGGAUGAGCAGACCUGCGGCCGCCGCGGGGCCCCAUGGAGAAGCUGCCGCCGGUGCGCCCAACAGUGAGCACAACCCUGUCGGGCAGCCCACACCCCGGCGCCCCAUCCGCGGCCGGCACGCCUGGCCGGACUUCCUCUGCGGCGACGGCGACGGCCGUGCUCUCCUUCAGCACCGCGUCGGCCGCGGCGCUGGGGAACCAGAGCGGCGGGAGCGGGAGCGACAACACUGGCGCCUCGGCUGGCGGCGGCCUCGGCGGGCACGGCGCGGCGGAGAGGCCACCGCUGGGCCCCGCGGCGGCGCCGCUGCUAUCUCAGGGGGCGGCGGGGACGGCCCAGGCGCUCGUCCUCCUGCUCAUCUUCCUGCUGUCUAGCCUGGGCAACUGCGCGGUGAUAGGGGUGAUCGUGAAGCACCGGUAGCUCCGCACCCUCACCAACGCGUUCACCCUCCUGUCUCUGUCGGAUCUGCUCACGGCGCUUCUCUGCCUGCCAGCCGCCUUCCUGGACCUCUUCACGCCGCCCGAGGGCCCGGCGCCCGCCGCCGCCGCGGGGCCCUGGCGCCGCCAGCCAUUUCUUAGCUCGUGCUUCGGCAUCGUGUCCACACUCAGCGUAGCCCUCAUCUCGCUGGACCGCUACUGCGCCAUCGUGCGGCCGACGCGGGAGAAGAUCGGGCGCCGCCGCGCGCUGCAGCUGCUGGCCGGCGCCUGGCUGGCGGCGCUGUGCUUCUCCUUGCCCUGGAAGCUGAUCCGUGCUACCUGGGAGUCCCCGGCGGCGCAGAGCUUCCACGGCUGUCUGUACCGGACGUCCCCGGACCCCGCGCAACUGGGCGCGGCCUACAGUGUUGGGUUGGUGGUGGCUUGCCACCUGCUGCCCUUCCUGCUCAUGUGCUUCUACCACUACCAUGUCUGCAGGACCGUGCGCCUGUCGGACUUGCGCGUGCGGCCCCUGACCACCUACGCGCGCGUGCUGCGCUUCUUCAGCGACGUGCGCGCGGCCACCACAGUGCUCAUCAUGAUUGUCUUCGUCAUCUGCUGCUGGGGGCCCUACUGCUUCCUGGUGCUGCUGACCGCGGCCCGGCAGGCCCAAGCCACGCAGGCUCCCUCGCUCCUCAACGUGGUGGCCGUAUGGCUGACCUGGGCCAAUGGGGCCAUCAACCCUGUCAUCUAUGCCAUUCGCAACCCAAACAUUUCGAUGCUCCCAGGGCGCAACCGGGAAGAGAGCUACCGGACUAGGAACAUGGACGUUUUCCUGCCCAACCAGGGCCCGGCUCUGCCGGCUAGAAGCCGCAAUCCCCUUCGAAACCGCUAUAGCAACCACCUGGGGGCCUGCAGCAGGAUGUCCUCUUCCAGCCCGACCAGCGUGGUGGGAGGAGACGUGGCCAUGCGGGCUCGCAAAAAUCCAGUUGUGCUUUUCUGCCCGGAGGGGCCACCAGAUCCUGCGACAGCAGCAGCUAAACAGCCUAAAUCCGAAGCGGGGGAUACCAGCCUCCAAGAAGUGUUGGGAUGCAGAGCUUGUGAAGACAAAUUUUCACCCGCUUCGAUGAACAAUACAGGAUUCCGGGGAGAAUCGUGUGCUUAAUAAAGCCAAACAUUUACAAAAAGGACAGAGGGGGAGGCUUACCACUUCCCCCAAACAACAUACAAAACAGUGUCCUUUCCUUCAGAAGCGCUGAAAGGAAUGUAAAGUGCAAAACUUAAAACGAUGUUUAACCACACAACCAAGCAUUGUGAACUGUAAGUGCCAAAAAUGACAAAAAUAAAAUUCCCAAUUACUGAAAAGCUCAUAUUACAGGAAUCACAGUGGGAAACAAACAAAAAAAUUCAUUGAAUCCAACUGGUUCAUAUACAUAGACUUUCAGGAAAGAAUGAAGACCUUGAGAAUUGCUCGAAGGCCCCUCUAAAUCACCAGCAUUCAGUAGAACUUCAGAUUUCUAGAACUUGCACCUCUGACACAUGCCUUGGGUGCUUAGGUUAGGAGUCAAAAAUUUUUAUCCUUACACACUUUGGUGCAUUUCCUCCCCACCCCCACCCCCAUAAUCUUUGUGAGAAAUUUUAAAUUCAUCCCGUUUAAAACCAUUUUAGGAUUUUGAAAAAAUGGUUUAUUACUAAAAGUGGUUUAUUACUACAAAAUCCAACCAUUUGAGGGUCAAAGAGAAGUAUGAACGUAAAGAAAUGUGGCUAUUUUUUAAAGUAUUUCAAGAUUAUACUUAGAAAUGAAUGUCCCCCAUCUAACCCCCAAAAUUAUCUGCCUUGGAAACUUUGAGACGUAAACCUUACUCUAACCUGCUACUUUUGUUUCUAAUGAUUUAGGGGUGCCGCUCUCAGAAAGCUUUCACAUUCUUAAAAAAUAAUUUUCAUAGUAGAAAAUCUUUGCAUUUGAGGUAAAUUUGAUUUUUGGAUGCAGCCAAAAAUGUAAUUUGAAGUCAAGUUGAUUGAAUUUUGUGAGUAAUGCAUAUAUAUAUGUAUGAGAGCUCUAUAAAAGUAAUAAGCUUGGCUAUCCUAGGUAGCUUUCAUCUAACUAAAGGUGAUUCCAAAGAGGAAUUCAAAAAAUAUUUUGAGAAGUGGAUGCAUUCUUGGAAUAAGCAUAAAGCUCUCCAGGAAAAUCAUGUUCUUCUACAUUUGGAAGUUUGGGUACAUAUGUUUUAAAAAAAUAGUUGCUUAAUAGACAUGACAUAUAAAAUAAUGUGAUCUUUAUUUGAAAGGAGAAUGGCUGUGGGAUUAUUAUAUAUAAUAGAGUACUCAUACCUUAGGGGUAAAGUCAGAGAGGUAGUUUAAUCAAGCCAGAAAUACCUUCAGAAAGGUGCAAAACAAAGAUGCUGUUUUAAAAUAUUUGAAAGCACAAUUCGGGAUUUGUGUAGGUAAAAUUUCUCACAUUAAAUGCCACUGUACGUAGAGUCAUUUACUCAGAAUUUUACAAGAUGUUUUUGUGUUUUCUUCCUCUUUUCUUUCUUCCAUCUUGCCCCUCUUUUCUUCAGUAUUUCACAGCCUUAAUUGAAUAAGUACUUUAAACUAGAUAUGAAACCUCUGCUCUCAUAUAAAGAUUUUAAUGUGAAAUGGCCACCUUUUUUUCUUGUAUUUAAAGAUCUUCAUUAGUAUUUAAUUUUUUUGUGUGACAGAAGGGUGUAUGUCAUUAUUUUGUAAUCAAAGAUGGAAAUAUAUGAUUUUUUUUUAUACAGCAGGUUCUUAUUAGUCAUCCAUUUUAUCCACAGCAGUGUAUACACGUCAAUCCCAAUCUCCCAAUUCAUCCCACUACCACCCUCACCCCCACCCC